GCUUCAUCACCCAGCUGUGUGGUGAGGGGUCAGGCUUUCCUUAGUAACCUGUGACUUCACAAACUGCCUUGUCAUUAUUUGUCUGUUCUCAGCUAAAUGCUUGGUUGUCAGGAAUCCUUUGGUCCUCUUUUCCCAUUCCUGAGACUUAGAAGAUGACUUGGAAAAUAGCAUUGGUGUUUAAACGAGAGAUAGAAUUAUUGAAUAAACUGCUACCAUUUUAGCCACAGUGAGUGCAGGAAUGAGGCAUUGCAGGGCUGCCAGACGCCAUUUUAAGAAUCCUGCAUGAGUAGCAUAGCUACCGAUGGGUAUGAGGCUGUUAUAGCUUGGCUGAAGAGGAGAUAAAGGCAGAACAGGAGGUGGUAGAGGGCAUGGAUAUCUCUACUCGAUCAAAAGAUCCUGGCUCUGCUGAGCGGACGGCACAAAAAAGGAAGUUUCCCAGCCCUCCCCAUUCUUCAAAUGGUCACUCUCCUCAAGAUACAUCUACCAGUCCCAUCAAAAAGAAAAAGAAGCCUGGCUUAUUGAACAAUAACAAUAAAGAGCAGUCAGAACUAAGACAUGGUCCGUUUUACUAUAUGAAGCAGCCACUCACCACAGACCCUGUUGAUGUUGUACCGCAGGAUGGACGGAAUGAUUUCUAUUGCUGGGUUUGUCAUCGGGAAGGCCAAGUCCUUUGCUGUGAGCUCUGUCCUCGGGUUUAUCAUGCUAAGUGUCUGAAACUGACUGCGGAACCAGAGGGGGAUUGGUUUUGCCCAGAAUGUGAGAAAAUCACAGUAGCAGAAUGCAUUGAGACGCAGAGUAAAGCUAUGACAAUGCUUACCAUCGAACAGUUAUCGUACCUGCUCAAGUUUGCCCUACAGAAAAUGAAACAGCCGGGGACAGAACCAUUUCAGAAACCCGUGUCACUCGAUCAGCACCCAGACUAUGCCGAGUAUAUCUUUCAUCCAAUGGAUCUUUGUACAUUAGAAAAGAAUGUUAAAAAGAAAAUGUACGGUUGCACUGAAGCCUUUUUGGCUGAUGCCAAAUGGAUUUUGCACAACUGCAUUAUUUACAAUGGGGGAAAUCACAAAUUGACACAAACAGCCAAAGUAAUUAUCAAAAUCUGUGAACAUGAGAUGAACGAAAUUGAAGUGUGUCCAGAAUGUUAUCUAGCUGCUUGCCAAAAACGAGAGAACUGGUUUUGUGAGCCUUGUAGCAAUCCACACCCAUUGGUCUGGGCUAAACUGAAAGGAUUUCCCUUCUGGCCUGCAAAAGCACUGAGGGAUAAAGAUGGGCAGGUCGAUGCUCGUUUCUUUGGACAACACGACAGGUCACUUAUCCGGCAACCUCACCUAUCUGGAACACAGCUGAGAACCAGGAAGGCCUGGGUUCCAAUAAAUAAUUGCUACCUCAUGUCUAAAGAAAUUCCUUUUUCUGUGAAAAAGACUAAAAGCAUUUUCAACAGUGCAAUGCAAGAGAUGGAGGUAUAUGUUGAGAACAUUCGCAGAAAGUUUGGUGUAUUUAAUUACUCCCCAUUCCGGACACCAUACACACCCAACAACCAAUUCCAAAUGUUAUUAGACCCCACAAACCCUGGUGCUGGGACUGCAAAGACAGAUAAACAAGAGAAAAUCAAACUGAAUUUUGACAUGACAGCAUCGCCGAAGAUCUUAAUGAGCAAACCCCUGCUGAGUGGUGGCACGGGCAGGAGGAUUUCUUUAACUGAUAUGCCAAGGUCGCCCAUGAGUACAAACUCCUCUGUUCACACCGGCUCAGAUGUUGAGCAGGAUGCAGAAAAGAAGGCAGCUUCCAGUCAUUUCAGUGCAAGUGAAGAGUCGAUGGACUUCCUUGAAAAGAGCACAGCAUCUCCAGCUUCCACAAAGACGGGCCAACCAGGGAGUUUGUCCGGCAGCCCGAAACCUUUCUCUCCACAAGCUUCAACGCCUCUCCCGGUGCCUAAGCCAGAGAGAGCCUCCACUCCUGGAAGCAUUCUGAAUUUGAACCUCGAUCGGAGCAAGGUGGAUAUGGACCUGAAAGAACUGAGUGAGUCCGUGCAGCAGCAGGCAGCCCCUGUGCCCCUCAUUUCACCCAAAAGGCAGAUUCGAAGCCGGUUCCAGCUGAACCUCGACAAGACCAUUGAGAGUUGCAAAGCACAAUUAGGAAUAAAUGAAAUCUCGGAAGAUGUUUAUACAGCAGUAGAGCACAGUGAUUCAGAAGAUUCAGAGAAAUCAGACACGAGUGACAGCGAGUACAUCAGUGAUGAUGAGCAGAAAAGUAAGAAUGAGCAGGAGGAGACAGAGGACAAGGAAAGCAGCCGGACGGACAAAGAUUCAGCAGCCUUGAAAAAAAAACCUAAACCUCCCACUCCAGUGGAAAUCAAAGAAGAUUUAAAAAACACAUCGCCCCCCACUGAAAAAUCAGACCCUCAGGUCAAAGAAAAGUCCACCACAGAUACUGAGAAGGAUUUUUCAGAAAAAGUCAAGACUUUGCCCCACCCUGUGAAAGAGAAAGUUAAAGGCAAAGAUGAGACAGAUUCCCCUACGGUACAUUUAGGUCUGGACUCUGAUUCAGAGAGUGAACUUGUUAUAGAUCUUGGAGAAGAUCACUCUGGGAGAGAGGGACGGAAGAACAAGAAGGAGGCCAAGGAGCCACCUGCUAAACAAGAAGCUGUAGGUAGAGCCCCACCACCCACUAGUGUCAGCAGCAGCCAUCCUCCCCCAGAAACACCCGUCCUCACUCGGUCAGCAGUCCAAACCUCCCCGGCAGGCGUCGCCACUGCCGCCACCACCAUCGCCGCGCCCGCCAUCGCCGCUCCCCCGGCGGCCACCGGGAGCCCCGUGAAAAAGCAGAGGCCACUGCUACCUAAGGAAACUGCUCCAGCCGUGCAGCGGGUCGUGUGGAAUUCUUCAAGUAAGUUUCAAACGUCUUCCCAGAAAUGGCACAUGCAGAAGGUCCAGCGUCAGCAACAGCAGCAGCAGAGUCAACAAGGCCAGCAGCAGCAGCCUCAGUCCUCCCAAGGGACAAGAUAUCAGACCAGACAGGCUGUGAAAGCGGUCCAGCAGAAGGAGAUCACUCAGAGCACCUCGACCUCUACCAUCACGCUAGUGACGAGUACCCAGCCGGUCUCUAUGGUCACCAGCUCAGGAUCCUCAAGCACACUGUCAUCUUCCCUCAACACUGACUUGCCCAUUGCCACGGCCUCAGCAGAUGUGGCUGCUGAUAUUGCCAAGUACACCGGCAAGAUGAUGGAUGCCAUAAAAGGGACAAUGACAGAAAUCUACAAUGACCUGUCUAAGAACACCACUGGAAGUACAAUAGCCGAGAUUCGACGUUUGAGGAUUGAGAUUGAGAAACUUCAGUGGCUCCAUCAGCAGGAACUCUCAGAGAUGAAGCACAAUUUGGAACUGACCAUGGCUGAGAUGCGGCAGAGCUUGGAGCAGGAGCGGGACCGCCUGAUCGCUGAGGUCAAGAAGCAGCUGGAGCUGGAGAAGCAACAGGCCGUGGAUGAGACCAAGAAGAAGCAAUGGUGUGCAAACUGCAAGAAAGAAGCCAUCUUCUAUUGCUGUUGGAACACCAGCUAUUGCGAUUACCCGUGCCAGCAGGCCCACUGGCCGGAGCACAUGAAGUCAUGUACACAGUCAGCCACGGCGACCCAGCAAGAAACAGAUCCUGAGGCCAACACGGAAACAAAUAAAUCCGCCCAGCCCAGUUCAAGUGCACAGGCCCCCCAGACGGACACAGCCAGUGCCUCGAAAGAAAAGGAGAGUCCAGCCGACAAGAGCAGGGAGAAUGUCACGACCAUUCCCGUGGUGGUGAGUCCUUCUGCCGGAACAGUGGCCGUGAGGAGUGGGGGUGGAGGUGGCGGUGGUGGCAGCAGCGGCAGCGGCAGUAACAGUAGCAGCAGUGGCAGCAGCAGCAGCAGCGGUAGUGCCGUUCAGUAUGUCCAGACUGCAAUGCCAGUCCAAGUGCGGAGAGUCUAGCCCGUGACCACCACCAGGUGGAGGGGCAGCCGGCACCUCAGGGGGGAGUUGGAGGAGUGACGAAAACAACUCCCAGCAUGACAGGAGAAGGAAGAGCCACCAGAAAUGUGAAGAGGAGGAAGAAAGAGACAGUCGCCAGCUUUGGAGGUUUAACUUCAAAGGCUCUGACUUUUUUGCUUUGUAUACACAGGACAAGGCAUUGACCACACUACAUUAACAAGGCAUUAGUGCUGUCCAAGGGCAGUUAAAACCCAUGGCAAAUGAAUGCUUCUAGUGUAAAUAAUGUAUAAUUUGUGGAUGUCAUUAAACUUAGAGAACCA